UCUUCGGUAACGCAGGUCUCUGUAUGCUUGUGGUUCGUAGCGAACGGAAUAAAGGCACUACGUCCAACGUGUGUAAAUAAACCGAAAAACCGGCUAAAAACAACUGGUGGUGCUCUUUAUUUAAUAAGUAGACUUUGUCCUUUAAAAGCAAUAACAACAAUAAAUGUAAAGUAAAAACAAAAGAAAAAAUUAAUAAAAUAAAAAGUUCAACUCUAUUUACAUUCAAGAAGAAGCAACUAAUAAUAAAAAAAAAAAAGAAUUUGGAGCAGCAGCGACGCAGUUCGCUAAAAUAGAAGAGGAGUACCAUAAUCAUCCAACAUGAUUAAUAGAACACCUGAUUAUAUAAUAUCCGGAUGCGGCUAUCCACAUUGGAAAAAUGAAAGAAAUAACUUAGAGAAUAUCAAAUUUUCACUUCCUGAAAAGGCCAUAAAAAAUAUGAAAACAGAUAAGCUCCUGCCUUUAAGAGAAACCCUAACGGAAUAUUAUUUUCGCUUGCAACGGCUGCCAAUCCACAAAAACCUGAAUUAUUUUGAAAAACCAACUCAACAAAAACAAAAGAAGGAGAACAUAAAUAAGUCACUAAAACAAUCAAUAACAUUCAGUAAAAAUAGAUAUUGCGAGAAUAAACUACAGAAACACACAGAGAAAAAAUUGUAUCCAACAAAAACGGAGAAGGAACAAAAUGGUUUCUAAAUAAAAUAGAAUUGCUAAUUGAUAAGAACAAGCAAUUGACUGAUUUAAACGUGCUAAUUUAAGAAUCUCUAAAUAAAUUA